UGUAACCCAGCACAGCAAUGUUUUUCUCUCACAUUUCCGCAAAAAAAAAAGCAAGCAUAAAAAUGGAAAUAAAAUUAAUUUAGAUUUUUUUUUAGAGUUGAAAUCAGCAAGUUUUUAUAUUACUUCAAAAAAAAAAAGUCAACAAACUAACAAUCAAUCAGAUAUGGAAAUAAGGGGAAACUAACAAAUUAACUACUUUCCUAUACUUAUAUUUCAAACAAAAAUCAAUAACGAGAAAGAACUGUUCAACGGUGGCUACAACUUGUGCUAGCAAGAUAGCCAAGGUUCACACAAAGUUUACUACUCCUACUACUCCUCAAUUUUUCAAGAUUAUUCUUGAAGAAACUAUUGGGAGCAAUAAGUUAGUAAGUAUACUUUUCUGUCUCCUUCAACACAUUUUCUUCUGUGAUUUCAAAUUAAUUUUCACAAGUAAAGGCUCCAUGUCUUGAUUGUAUGAAGAGGAGCAUAUGUAUAAAUAUUUAUAUAUGUUGUGGUCUUAGGCUGCAUUAAUGUAAAUAUGUCUAAAGUCAUAACUUAUAUUUACUCUUUCAUUAACAUUUUAUUUUGGUCUUCCUUUGUGCAGCAAAUUCCCAAGGCAUUUUGGGUGAAAUAUUGUGGCUCCUUGUCGAAUCAAGUAUACCUUAAGCUUCCAUGUGGAUCAAGAUGGGAGGUAGGGUUGACAAAAACUGAUGGAAAGGUAUGGAUUGAAGAAGGUUGGAAUAAAUUUGUAGAACAUUGCUCUUUAAGUCGUGGAAACCUCUUAGUUUUCCGAUUUGAAGGGGACUCUCAGUUCAAUGUUAUCAUAUUCGACAAAACAAUUGUGGAGAUAGAUUAUCCUUCUAAUCAUAACAAUUUUGGGAAGCAUAAUGUUGAAACUGAUGUUUGUAUUGAUGUUUUGGGAAGCUAUCCUAAAGCCAGGGACAAACCUCCAUUACCGUGUUCUCGUCCAAACAAGAAAAUGAAAACUAAUCCAUAUGGUAAAUCUAAAAGUCUUAACCUUUUUAUGAAGAAUAUAGUUUUGGUUGUUCCAAGUCAGGAACCAAAUAAUUGGGAUUUUUCUGAUAAAGUAUGUGGAGAUUCUCCCCUACCAAGGUGGAUGGAACCUGAAUAUUUUUUAAGGAAGCAGAAGUUGAAUGCAAAAGAAAUGGCUGAAGCCCUUAAGAGAGCUAAAGGUUUUAAAUCUAAAGAUCCCUUUUUCAUGAUUUGCAUGCGACCAUCAUUUGUUGGAACUAAGAUUAAUAUGAUUAUACCAUCUGUCUUUGCAAAACAUUACCUCCUCAGUACUAGUAAGCAUCAAGAUGUGAUCCUUAAGGUUCAGGAUGGAAGGACCUGGUCUGUGAAAUACUAUUUCAGAUCGCAUGGCGGGUCUCCAAAAACCAGAUUUGAGGGUGGUUGGAAGGCAUUUGCUGAAGACAAUAAUUUGAAAUUAGGUGAUGUUUGUGCCUUUGUUUUGAGAAAGAGUACGGGGAUAAUGUUGUUUGAAGUCGUUAUUUUUUGUGAAAAUGGAGUAGCAAAUUCCCCUAUGUUACCAGAACUUAAUGUCAUGACAAAAGAAAGCCGAUCAAGUAAAGUAGAAUCUUGUAGCACCAUGAAGGAGCAAGCUCUUGAAAGAGCAAGUUGUUCUCAAACUAAAAGGCCAUCCUUCACAGUCACUAUGCGUGCAGUGUAUACAACUGGCCGUUGUAAUUUUUGCUUGCCAUACAAUUUUGUGGAGAAGUACAUUAGUAAGAAAGAAUGUGAGGUAAGGCUUUGGGUUUCGGAUGGUAGAUCUUGGUUUGUCCAAUUAAGGGUGAGGCAAAGAAAUGUGUUACCCAGAGCUGAAUUGUUAAGCCAUGGCUGGAAAGCAUUCGCACUGGCCAAUAGUCUGCGAGCGGGUGAUAUUUGCACAUUUGAAUUUACUAACAAUGGCAAUGAAAUUUCAUUUAAAGUUUCCAUUGUUAAGAUAGUUGAUGAUGCAUGUAACAAGCAAGUUGCAAAUAAGAGAAGAACAACUACACCAUCCAAGCGAAAGAGAAAUCCUUGUGUGAAAGUUGAAUCUUCUUUUAAUUAUGAUAAAGCCAACAUGAUUCCACAGAACCUGAUUGCAAAGAUAGAACAAGAGAAAAUUAAAGUUGAACCUUCAGACAGCUCUAUGAAGCUGAUAUCUGAAGCAAAUACUGGUAAUCAAGGUACUUGUAAGAGGCCUUCAUCUUCUGGACUUAGCAGAGCUUCUGAAGUAGCCAGCCAAUUCUUCUCGAAAAAUCCUUACUUCCAAGUGAUUUUGCGAUCAAAUCACGUGCUUGGAUGUGUACUGCAUAUUCCAUGUACUUUUGGAGUGCAUUAUUUUGAGGAAAAGACACAAACUGUGAUGCUUUGGGUUGGUGAGAAAUAUUGGUAUGUGAAGUUAUUGGCUUAUAAAUCAGAUUAUAAAUUUUCUGCUGGGUGGGCUGCAUUUGCAAAAGGGAACUCUCUUCAGCCAAGAGAUGUAUGCAUCUUUGAGCUGAUUAAGAGAAAUCAAUCUGAGAUGAAAGUUUAUAUAUUUAGACAAAGUGGUUUGGCUCAAGAGUAGUAACUGUUGUAAUUAUGCAAAUCUAUGAAUGAGUAG